AAAAAUCAGCUGAUCUGACCUAGCAACAAAACAUAGCUACUGACAUCUGCAAGGGAGGGGGGGCUAAAGAACAAAACAAUGACACUGCUCGGAACGAGUCAAAAACAGUAAGCCUUUAAAAGGAAUUUUACAAGGGAAUUUCGUGGAUAUUCCUCCCGUUGUAAAGUUUAACAACCCGUGUUUAUCAGCGGUUCUUUUACCCCGGCUAGUUUUUUACCUCUUCAGUUCAGUUGACAAACAGGGAGCUAGUUGCUUGUUUGGACGUGUAGCGUUAGCUUUUACUGCUUCUCUCUGGAGGAAAAGUUCACACACGUACUGCUAAACAAAGCUACUUUUAAGCCAAAUUCAUCACAUCGCAUUAUAGCAGUUAGCAUCUCUGCUCAUUUUUGUUUUGCUAUCUAGCUUGUCGUUAGCAUCAACAUUUACAUAUUUAUUCCUCUCACAAAAAGCUCCCGUUAUUCGUUUGGUACUGUCUGUACUCUCCUAUUAAUUUUUCCUUUAUUUAUCUAAGUUUUACAUUUAUCUAGUCAGAAAAUAAAGUUGUAAAAUCGAAAGAUAGUCAUAUAGUUUAAGGUAAAUGCCAACUUCAACAAGCUAGCUGUUAGUGUUUAUAUCUGUUAGCCCUGCUAUUAGCUGCACUGUCAUUUUCUGAAUAUUUAAAAUCUAAUUUAAAGUUUUUAUCACUUGUUAAAGGCAGUGCAGCUCAACCUACCACCAUGCAGAUGUCAUAAGCUUAUUUAUUAAUAGCAUUACAGUAUUAGUUUAUGUGCAUUUCACUUUAUCUUUAAAGCCAUUUUCUGUUUCUGUCAAACUUGUUGCAAUAAGUAAUAAUCAGAAUUAAAGGUUAUCUUUUAAUAAACAAUGAGUGGCCAUGGCUCAUCAUCUGAAAAGGGAGUCAAUACAAGCUUAAUAUGUCAGGAGAAUUAUUCCUGCAGCGGCUCUGAAGAGGCUGCAUUUGAGUGUGAUGACUGCAAAACUCUUCAGUGUGUCAGGUGUGAUCUGGAGCUCCACCGUCAGGAGCACCUAAGGAACCACGAUCGGGUCCCUGUUGGUCCUGGGCAUGUUCCUUACUGUGACAACUGCAAAGGAGGGAACGGGGAUAGCAGCAAACGCCACAGGUCUGUCGUUCGCUGCCAGAAUUGUAAACUGAAUCUGUGUCAAGACUGUCAGAAACGUACCCACAGUGGAAGUAGCAAGAAAAAACACCAGCUCGUAUCUUAUCCUCCAUCACCCAAACCUCCUGAAGGGAGCUCCAAAACGUCAACCAAAACACCGGUUCAGAGCCCAGAUGUGGCCGAGUCGACCGAGAGAACAAGGCUUCUGGAGAAGGUGUCCAGCUUUCUCCUUGUAGACGAGAAUGAAAAAAUGCAGAUAAAAGAUGAAGCCUCAUUCAUAAGGGCUCUUGGCUGCAGCCCCAAUCUACUGCUGAAGGUGGUCUCCAUCUUCGGUAACACAGGGGAGGGCAAAUCCCACACUCUGAACCACACCUUCUUCAUGGGCAGAGAAGUCUUCAAAACCUCCCCCACUCAGGAGUCCUGCACAGUGGGUGUAUGGGCAGCAUUUGACCCCAUCCAUAAGAUUGUGGUCAUCGAUACAGAGGGGCUGCUUGGUAACAGCUCCAAACAGGGUCAAAGAACUCGUUUACUUCUCAAGGUGCUCGCCAUUUCAGACCUCAUCAUUUACCGCACUCAUGCCGACCGCCUCCACGACGACCUUUUCAAGUUCCUCGGCGAUGCCUCUGAUGCUUAUCUGAGGCAUUUCACUAAGGAGCUAAAAGCCACAACGGCUCGCUGUGGCCUGGAUGUCCCGCUGUCCACCCUGGGCCCUGCUGUGGUCAUCUUCCAUGAAACUGUCCACACCAAGCUCCUGGGUUCAGAUAAAUCGUCGGACUCUGUGGAUCGGCUGCUGUUGGAGCGCUUUAGGAAGCUUUCCCGUUUUCCGGAAGCCUUCAGCUCCGUCCAAUAUUGGGGCACACAGACUCUCAGUCCUCCCACCGAUUUUCGGGGCUUGCAGAAUAAACUGGAUCAGCUCCUGGAUAACAAUGCCACCCGCUCGCCUCGUGCCCCAGGCGUCAUCUUCAAAGCCCUGCAGGCACUGAGUGAACGCUUUAAUGGAGAAAUCGCAGGUGAGGUUGCAACACAAAGCUGCUUCUUCCCUGAUGAGUACUUCACCUGUUCCAGCUUUUGCCUCAGUUGUGGAUCCGGAUGCAAAAAUAGUAUGAACCACUUGCAUGAAGGGUCGUACCAUGAGGCGAAGCAACGCUGCCGUUACUCUGCUCAGUAUGAUAAUCGCAUUUAUACGUGUAAGGCUUGUUAUGAAGGAGGGAAGGAAAUGAUAGUUGUCCCGAAGACGUCAGCUUCCUCAGACUCCCCAUGGAUGGGCCUGGCUAGAUACGCCUGGUCUGGGUAUGUUAUUGAAUGUCCAAACUGUGGAGUGAUCUACCGAAGCCGCCAGUACUGGUAUGGCAACCAGGACCCUGUGGAUACAGUCGUUCGCACUGAGAUCCAACAUGUUUGGCCAGGGUCUGACGGCUUUUUAAAGGACAACAACAAUGCUGCACAGCGGCUUCUCGAUGGCGUCAAUCUAGUGGCCCAGUCGGUAUCAGAGCUCAGCGUGAAACCUGCUAAGGCCGUCACCUCUUGGCUGACAGAUCAGAUCGCUCCAGCCUACUGGAAACCCAACUCCCUCAUCAUGAUGUGCCACAAGUGUCACACGGUCUUCCAGGAUAAUGACACCAAGCAUCACUGCCGUGCCUGCGGGGAGGGGUUCUGUGACGGCUGUUCGUCCAAAGCUGCGCCCGUCCCUGAGAGAGGCUGGGGUCUUGCCCCUGUCAGGGUGUGUGACGUCUGCUUUGAGCAGAGAGCUUCAUAUGCAGAAAUACUUGCGUCAGAGCUUGAGGAAGAAGAAGGCGGGACUCUGGCCAGAAAGGUUGGAGAAGCUGUCACCAACACCAUAGGAGUCGUGGCUACUGCCAUUGACAUCCCACUUGUCUAUAAGCAGGUGAAGCUGAAGUCAAAGUAGAGGUCUGUCUUAAAGCAAUGGGCAGCAGUGCAUCAUGGAGGGGUUGCCAUCACAGGGCAACACAGAAACACACGUACAAACAUCAAUGAACUGAUUGAAACAGUCCUGUUUUUGGACUGAAGAAGGAAGCAAAAAACUGAGAGAGAACCAAACAUUCACAAGGAGAACAUGCAGACUCCUGCAGAAAGACCCAGGAUUGGGAUUAAAAACCAGGACCUUUUUUGCAGCAAAGCACCAGGGCUACAGACUCUGCCCCCAUGCGGCCCAAACUGCAAACAGCUUACAGUAUGGUGAAGACUG